CACACCGUAACAACAAAGCCUGCUCGCUGUCUGACUCCAUAGAGCACAUGCAGGUGAGAGCAUACACACACCGUAACAACAAAGCCUGCUCGCUGUCUCACUCCAUAGAGCGCAUGCAGGUGAGAGCAUACACACACCGUAACAACAAAGCCUGCUCGCUGUCUGACUCCAUAGAGCGCAUGCAGGUGAGAGCAUACACACACCGUAACAACAAAGCCUGCUCGCUGUCUCACUCCAUAGAGCGCAUGCAGGUGAGAGCAUACACACACCGUAACAACAAAGCCUGCUCGCUGUCUGACUCCAUAGAGCGCAUGCAGGUGAGAGCAUACACACACCGUAACAACAAAGCCUGCUCGCUGUCUGACUCCAUAGAGCGCAUGCAGGUGAGAGCAUACACACACCGUAACAACAAAGCCUGCUCGCUGUCUCACUCCAUAGAGCGCAUGCAGGUGAGAGCAUACACACACCGUAACAACAAAGCCUGCUCGCUGUCUGACUCCAUAGAACGCAUGCAGGUGAGAGCAUACACACACCGUAACAACAAAGCCUGCUCGCUGUCUGACUCCAUAGAGCGCAUGCAGGUGAGAGCAUACACACACCGUAACAACAAAGCCUGCUCGCUGUCUGACUCCAUAGAGCGCAUGCAGGUGAGAGCAUACACACACCGUAACAACAAAGCCUGCUCGCUGUCUGACUCCAUAGAGCACAUGCAGGUGAGAGCAUACACACACCGUAACAACAAAGCCUGCUCGCUGUCUGACUCCAUAGAGCGCAUGCAGGUGAGAGCAUACACACACCGUAACAACAAAGCCUGCUCGCUGUCUGACUCCAUAGAGCGCAUGCAGGUGAGAGCAUACACACACCGUAACAACAAAGCCUGCUCGCUGUCUGACUCCAUAGAGCGCAUGCAGGUGAGAGCAUUCACACACCGUAACAACAAAGCCUGCUCGCUGUCUGACUCCAUAGAGCGCAUGCAGGUGAGAGCAUACACACACCGUAACAACAAAGCCUGCUCGCUGUCUGACUCCAUAGAGCGCAUGCAGGCGGUAGCUGCUUUUGCCGUGUCGGCCGUAGCGUCACAGUGGGACAGAACUGGAAAGCCCUUCAACCCUCUGCUAGGAGAGACCUACGAGCUGACACGAGAGGACCAUGGCUACAGGCUGAUCUCGGAGCAGGUCAGCCACCACCCCCCCAUCAGUGCCUUCCAUGCUGAAAGCCUAGUCGGGGACUUCGUCUUUCACGGCUCCAUCUACCCCAAACUAAAGUUUUGGGGCAAGAGUGUGGAGGCCGAGCCAAAGGGAACCAUCACAUUAGAACUCCUCAAACAUGGUGAGGUCUAUACAUGGACCAACCCUUUCUGCUGUGUACACAAUGUCAUCCUGGGUAAACUGUGGAUCGAGCAGUAUGGCACUGUGGAGAUCCUCAACCACAGUACUGGUGAUAAGUGUGUGCUGAACUUCAAGCCAUGUGGCAUGUUUGGGAAGGAGCUACACAGAGUAGAGGGCUACAUUCAGGAUAAGAGUAAAAAGAAGCAUUGUGUGAUCUAUGGGAAGUGGACUGAGUGCAUGUGGAGCGUGGACCCCCAGACAUACGAGGCCAACAAGAAGGCUGAGAAGAAAGGAGACUCGAAGAAACCGAAGAGUCAGGAGGAGCCUGAGGGGGCAGACAACGAUGAUGCAGAUGACAUGCCUGAGGUCCAGGAGACCGUAGCUAUGAUCCCUGGCAGCACCCUGCUCUGGAGGAUAUCAUCACGACCCCAACACUCUGCUAAGAUGUAUAACUUCACUAACUUUGCCAUGUCGCUGAAUGAGCUGGAGCCUGGCAUGCAGGACCGCCUGGCCCCCACAGACUGCCGCCUGCGGCCCGACAUCAGGGCCAUGGAGAACGGAGACAUGGAUGAAGCCAGUCGAGAGAAGGCGAGGCUGGAGGAGAAACAGAGAUCGGCUCGGAAAGACCGUUCCAAGGAUGAGGAGGAAUGGUCCACUAGAUGGUUCCAGUCAGGCACAAACCCCUACACGUCAUCCCAGGACUGGCUCUACACGGGGGGCUACUUCGAUAGAAAUUACUCUGAGCUCCCUGUUAUCUACUGAUCCAGGUGGUCUCCGUGGGAACACCCACCAACAUCCCCUCAGCCUCCCUUUCACUCCUGCCAGUCCCCUGACACUCUCCUGUUCUAAGCACCACACAGUCUCCCAUUGGGAGAUAGAUAGACAGACAAGUGUUAUACAAGGAGAGGUUAUGUGUUGUUAACACAACCCUCCCCCGUCUUCUAAUAGUUAUGGAACAAACAGUCAACGGUGAAAUCAGGAAUGUGAAUGUGAUCAUUGGAGGCAUCAAAGGUGAACGCAGAAAGGAACUGAGACUGUAGGAGACUGUUUUGUUCCUGAACAGGAGCGCUUUGUGGGUACCCCUCCCCUCCCUCCCUAUCUGACCUGGGUCGAAUACCUAUUUAAAAUAUUGGAAAUAUUUUAGUUUGAUUUAACUUGCUUUGCAUGGCGAGUUUGCACAUUUGGGACUAUUCCUUUGGUCCCAUUGCACCUGACAAAAUAAACCAAGCACACCUGGACUAUUCCAACCAGGUUUGCCUCCCCUUAUACAGUGUUCGAAAAAGUACCCAAUUGUCAUACUUGAGUCCUUUUCCAUUAAGGUAUCUUAACUUUUACUCAAGUUGAAGUGAAAGUCACCCAGUAAAAUACUACUUGAGUAAAAGUCAAAGUAAUUGUUUUAAAUAUACUGAACUAUCAAAGGUAAUUGUAAUUGCUAAAAUUAUACUUAAGUAUCAAAAGUUAAGGAAUUUGAAAUUAUUUAUACUUUAUGUUAAGCAAAUCAGAUGGCACCAUUUUCUUUUUUUAAUAUGGGUAGACAGGGGCACACUCCAACACUCACACAUCAUUUACAAACAAUGCGUUUGUGUUUAGUGAGUCUGCCAGAUCAAAGGCAGUAGGGAUGACCAGGGAUGUUUUCUUGAUAAAUGUGUGAAUUGGACCAUUUUCCUGUCAUUCACAAUGUAGUACUUUCAGGUGUCAGGGAAAAUGUAUGAAGUAAAAAGUACAUUAUUUUCUUUAGGAAUGUAGUGAAGUAGAAGUUGUAAAAAAUAUAAAUAGUAAAGUACAGAUACUUUAAAGUAUUUUUACUGAAGUACUUUAUACCACUGCCCCUAUAUACGUCCAGAGGUUGAGCAUCUCAUCACUACCUGUCACGUAAUGUAAGUUAUAUGUAUAGAUAAGAGUAAUGACCAUUUGCUGUAUAGGCCAAUCACACAGUUAUCUAUCCCCCAGCACAAAAUAUUCCUCUCUUAUGCUUCUGCAUGGCUAUUGGCUCGCUAGCUAACAGUGUUAGUGACCCCUAGCUUUGUGGUAGUAGCCUACAGUACAUUCAGCUCCCACAGUUUACCUAGUUAGUCAACUUAGUGUUAAAGUAAUCAUGAGUCAUGAAAAUAAUUGCGGUUAGUAAGAUUAUACGAAGAGUAAUUUGUCUGUUUGCGAGUGUGUAUACAUUUCUAGUGGUUUGUACAGAAUCUGAAGCCAUAUGGUUCCUUUUAACUACAGGUAUGACUGGCGCGGGGUGGUUUGCUCUUCACUCAUUGGCUAUGAUUAAGUGAAUUGACUAUUGUAACAUGAUAAAGCAUGUAAGAUAUACAUGUAUGUAAAUACCUACUUUAUCAAAUAUAGCUCGCUAAUCACCAUAAAACUGUUCUACCAGCUCAAAGUGCAUCUGGAAUUGAUGGGAUUAUAACUGAUAUACGGGAGAAGUCAUUGUAUAAUAAUAUCAGCUUCCCUUGUUGUUGCCUUCCUUGUGUUAGGAACUCUGUAGCUUUCUAACCACACUCCUACAUCACCAAUCUCUUUUUAUAAUGGUCAGCCAUUAUGUGUAGGUUCUUAUUUAUAAAAGACUGGCAUCAAAUCAUUUUUUAACAAAUCUAAUAUAUUUUGGGGGUUAAUGUGCAGUUAAUUGUACUGUGGUAAACAUUACAUUGAAGCCUUGUAGAUUAAGCCUAGAUGCAUGAAUCAAAGUGUAAACCAAUGUGCUUCUGCUCUGGAGGUCUUUUAAAAGCAGCAAACAACUUGAGUGUCUGUUUAGUAAAACAUGCCAUGUUGACCAUUGGGAAUGCUGUUCACUCUUCAUGGGAAUCCCAACGGAAUCUCUUGAAGUGAAACGUAUGGGGAUUCAGUUUGGUUUCCCAGCAUCCACUUCAUUCCCUGCACUACAAACUGGCCUACUCUCCUGAACCACACUGCAUUUGAAAUGACCGCCAAAAUCUAUGCAUCCAACCAAUAGCUCGGAGUGUCUCGGCGUACCUUUUACAUGGUAUAGUAAUACACAUACUUUAGUUUUGUCACCGGCAGCCAAACCCACAUAUAGAUGACCGUGUUGUCAGCUUGUCAGACUGUAGAUGAACCCAAAGUGAUUGUGUGAAUUUGUUCUGUGGAUCACCAUGGUAGUCUGUAAGAAAGUAUUAUAAAGAUGAAUCCCCAGCUUAGAUCAAUUUGAUCUUGACUGAAUAUUGCUUUCACGAAUGUCUUAGUUUUUGUGGUAUUGCUGGUUGUUGGAGAAAUGGGCAACACAAUGUGACAAAAAGACAUGAUAAACCAAGAAGCCUUUGAUCAUGUCUUAUCUUGAUUGAUAGUUUUUCCCCCAAUGGUUAUGCUUAGUGCCUGAGUUAAAGCCUAGAUUCAGUCAGACCAAGCGUUAACUGGCAAUGGCCGACACCCACAUAGCUGAUGUUUUGGUGGUGUCUGAGGUGUAACUGCGUUGGCGCUGUCAUAUCGUUCAGCAGCUGCUCUUGUGAUCAUUGUCACGAAGCCACACCCAUCCCCCUCAUGUUAGAAAUUCAUAAUGAGAACGUGUAGGCAAUAUAGAAAUAAUGACACUCAAAUUGAAAUUUAUUUAACAAAAAGUACAAUUUUGAUUUAUAUAAGCCUAAUUCGAGGUGUAGGCUAUAUCUCACAUUCCAGUAUUUUGAACUUGUAAACAAGGCUGCAUGGGAUUUCUCUUAAUAUGACUCCAUGCAGCCAAUGGCAUUGUCCGCUUUAGGUAUAAAGCCAGGAGCCGCUUGGGGAUUUGACAGUUCUCAUGCAGUUCCACCUCCAACACGCCAAAACAACCAGGAUACGGAUGUUUGGUAAAGCGGAUCUAAUUGAAUAGAGCCCUAAGUAAACAGAUCUUCCUGUAUUUCAUUUUUUUUUUUACCUGUAUUUCAUUUAAUAUUUAAGAUGAUUUUAGUUUUAUCAGUCAUGUUUUUGACAUGUGUUUUUCUAACCCAUCUCUAUGCUGUGUUUUUCAAACCCAUCUCUAUGCUGUGCUUUAUUGUCAGUAACCCAUCUCUAUGCUGUGCUUUAUUGUCAGUAACCCAUCUCUAUGCUGUGCUUUAUUGUCAGUAACACUUUGACAUGUUUAGGUCUCAGCAGACGUGUAUGUACAGGAAAUGUAUGUAAAACAGAUCACACUGCUUCUGGUUGUAUCUACACACUUCAUCACUGUUUCAUCAAAUGCUAAUUUAACUAGCAUCUGAAGAUUAAUGUACCAACAUUAAACAAGUAGAUUUUUAUCUUG